GGACAUCGCUUCUUCUUCGUGUACGACCCGACGUGCAGAGAGCCGCUGUUUCAUUCCGCCGCCGGUGCGAGCAGCCCAGCAUCUCCUCCUGUCUCCUCCGCCGCGUAGAAUCUCUGGCCAUUUUAAUUUUUUUUUUUAAACAGACGUCAAACAAGCGGUCCUUUUCUCUCCGGCAUCCGGGAGAGAUAAGUUCGUAAAUCCCCCCCCCCAGCUGCGGCUCAGGAAAUCGACGGCUCACGCUCGCACGCGCCUCGCCUUUUCGCCUCUUCGCCUUUUCGCUUAUUCGAGCUCAUCUCUUCCCACGGGUGCGGGAAGUUCACGUCGACUUUCGUGAAGUUUUUUCUCUCGAGAGACAAGCCCCACCACCCGGCCGGCACCAUGACACGGAGAUCCUGUGCCAUCUACAUCACCGGCAUCGUGUGCGCUCACCUCCUGAUCGUGGGGAUCGCCCUGGUCGUGGCUCAAGUCUUCCAGACGAUGAUCGCCAGCCGGUUAAAAAAGGAAAUCACUUUGACGGAGAAGAGCCACUUUUUUGAGUCAUGGAAGAAUCCACCACCGCCUGUUUACAUGGAGUACUACUUCUUCAAUGUGACCAAUCCGGAGGUGUUCUUGAAAGGAGGGAAGGCAGUGCUCAAACAGAUCGGACCAUAUACCUACAGGGAAUACAGGCCGAGGGAAAACGUAACCUUCCUGGAGAACGGCACCAAGAUCUUCGCCCUGAACCCCAAAUCCUUUGUGUUUGUGCCCGAGAAGUCCGCCGGCGAUCCCACGAAGGACAUCCUCACGACUGUCAACAUUCCUCUUGUGGCGGUGAUGAACGAGCUGAAACUAAAGUACAACUUCUACACGCGUUCCUUCCUCUCCCUGUUCAUGCUCAGCAUUGAGGUGUUCAUGAAACGCAGUGUCCACGAGGUCCUGUGGGGAUUCAAAGACCCUCUGCUCUCCAAGAUCCACUCCCUGCAGAAGGACGUGGACGAGAACUUUGGCCUGAUGUACAAGAAAAAUGGCACCCAUGAAGGAGAGUUUGUCUUCCACACCGGCGAGCAGAACUACAUGGAUUUCGGCAAGAUCGACACCUGGAACGGCAUGAGAAAGAUGUCGUGGUGGUCGUCCGAUCAGAGCAACAUGAUCAACGGUACCGAUGGUGCCGUCUUCCACCCUCUGAUCAACAGGAGCGAGCUGCUCUACAUCUUCGCCGCUGAUCUCUGCAGAUCCAUUCAUCUGGCCUACGUGAAAGACGUGGAGGUGAAAGGCAUCCAGGCGUUCCGCUUUGCCCCCCCCAAUGAUGUCCUCAUGAGCCCCACGGACAACCCCAGCAACGAGGGCUUCUGCGUGCCAGCCGGAGACUGUCUCGGCACCGGGGUGUUAAAAGUCAGCGUUUGUCGAGAAGGCGCUCCCAUCGUGGUGUCUUUCCCACACUUCUAUCAAGCCGACCCCAAGUACAUCAACGCCGUCGAGGGGCUCAGCCCCAACAAGGAGGAGCACGAGACGUACCUCGACCUGCAGCCGACCACAGGAGUUCCCAUUCGUGCCUGCAAGCGAGCCCAGCUCAACAUCAUCCUGAAAAGAGUCGAAGGGUUCCCCAAAACCAGGUACAUCAACGAGACCAUUUUCCCCAUCAUGUUCGUCAAUGAGACGGCGACGAUCGACGAUGACUCGGCGUCCCAGAUGAGGACGAUGCUCCUGAUCGUGACUCUGGUUUCAAACUUCCCUUUGCUCAUCGUGGGCCUGGGCGUCAUCCUGCUGAUGGUGCUCGUAGUCCUGCUCUGCCGAAACCGCCAGAAGAAGAAUGAAGUAAAACGUAUUGUUUUUACUGAAGCUUUUCAUUCUUUUGCUACGGCAAAGGACGACACGGCUUACACUCAGGUCAGCGACAAACCGGACGAGCCUUCGGAAACGCCCGCCAACCAGCCGAUGAAGAACGGCUCCUACAUUGCCAUGUCUCCAGUGGAGCCCCAGAAGUGUUGAUGGAGAACCGCCUGGCCCCGCGUGGAGCUCAGGAAGGGGGCUGAGGGAGCAGCACAGGGGUGAUGCAUUAACCAGGGGUGGGGUUUACACACAGUGAGCUCGUUUCACAUAUUUUGGGGUAGUGCGUGUGUGGGGAGGAUAUGGAAAGGGGCGGGGCAGAACCCCCAGUAGAUGUUUAGUGAACAGAGACAAUGCUCCUCUCGCUGAGCCCUCCUAUGACUGUCUGUCCUCCUCUACUCUACCUGCUGAGCAUGGCCCUCGCCGCCUGCCGUACUGCAACACAACGAACUCCCACACCUUUACUCCUCAUUUCCGUCCUGGUCGGCCCAGAAACACGUCGGGAGGCUGGACGGGCUCGGCCAGGACAAGCCUUUUUUCCGUAACUCUUCUGAAGGACCACAGUAGCAUAGGUGUCGCUGCUGCACAAGGACGCAUGAUCUUCUGCUGACUAAAAAUGGCUGAAAGGGUGUUUCUUACUCCCCUAAACAGCAGAGGGUAUCGUAUUCUUGCUCUUUCCUCUCCAUCUGUGUUGUGUGAGGAGAAAACUUCAAACACAAAAAAAAAACCCUGUAAACUUAGGACAAAGCUGUGAGCUCUUGGGCUCCGAGGAUAACAUGGUUUUGCUAACAAAACUGAACUUGGCAUAUCCUUUUUGUAAAAAAAACGGAAAAAAAAGUCGGUCUGAGCCAAACUAUUUAUAGCAUUUUUGCCUUUUUUUCCUCCUAAGAUGAAUGGGUGCGUGCACACAAACACACACAUCGCACUUCCAAGUAUGUGUUGGUGAGAGUGUUGGUGCACCUUGACGAACACAUCGACGUCCUGCUGUGAUGGACGAUGCUCAACUGGUUUUCUUGAUGCAGGCGCGAUGUCCCAUGACACCUGAUAUACUCGUGAUUUCAACCCCACUUCCUCCAUUUUUUUUUUUUUUUUGUCAACCUCACUUUUUUCCCUUAAACACUAGUUACACAAAUGAAACGCUCAGUUUCUUUUCAGAGUCCUAAUCAGCUGAAGUAGCUAGAUAUGACAUCACCAACAGUAGCUCGAUAAAAUCGAACCUCUAGGCUUCUUCACACAUUCAGAACAAAAAGGGAGAUCACAACAACCACAGAUCUUACACGGGAGACUUGAACCUGCUUUCUGCCUUACAACGGUUCAGUGUGUUCGUUAUGUUUCAUAACUAUAUAAGCUGGAAAUCUCUUUUCGCCAUUGUACAUAUUUAAGGGGAGACGUUACAGAGAUACCUCUGACCAAAUCCAGCCAGCAGUCCUCCUCUAGGUGUGCAGGGAGACGCUGACUUUGCUCUGGUGUCGGCCGCUCCUGCACAUCUACACUGUUACUUAUUAGAGAAAGCACAAUUUGGAUUUGCUAAAAAAAAAACCAGGCCGGAACGCAAGGCCACCAGGGUUUUUUUGGGGGGGACCUAUUAUAAUUCUGAUAUAUUUACAGCGUGUUAUGUCAAAGACACUGUCAAGUGCCGUGACUCUUCCCCGCUCGCCGCUGUGCAGUCGUACAGUUUGCCAAGGAACCUGUUGGCAUUCAGGCAAACGCAGCACUUGAAUCACUGUUUGUCUUACGGUUCCUGUCGUGGUGUCCAGUUCCUUCUGUCCGCCACACUCGUCUCGUCACACGUCAAAACUCGUCGGUGUUCGCCAGCGGGAAGUGAAUUCGGGGCCGUGACUCUGUCAACGUGGAAAGUUCCCUGCACUUUGCCUGCAUAUUGUGCCCUGUGUGUUAUUUUGUUUCUUUGUCCUCGUCAUUUCGAUGAAGGUGCUCCAUGAGUUCAGUACAUUUCCCUGUUUGUCCUGGCUAGUAUUGGUUCUGUUGAUGUUUUCCAGGACAGCAGACGUCCCUGCCUCUGUGUUAACUUGCUUCUCAGCACAUAGAGUGUCUUCUUUUGAUAUACUUUUUGUAUUUGUCAUUGCUGCUAAAAAAAAAAAAAAAUGCCAUAACCUAUGGACUUGUAUUCAACCAUAACUUGCUCGUAUUCAGGUCGACUCACACAGGCUUUUAUUUUUUAUCCACGUCUUAAAUCUUUAACGGUUUUUCUGUGUUGACUUGAGCCUUUCGACCCCCGAGCACAAGAUACAAAGCCCUAAGCUUGCUGCCAUUUAUUGGACUUAGCAGUUAUCACUAACCACAUUUUUGUAAAGCUCUCACAGUUAACCAGUCAUUCCUCUACUAGGGGACCAUAUCACAUGUAUCACUGGGGUUUAUGAAGGGGUUAGUUAACUUAGACAGAAAGGACGAGCCCGCUUCAGCAUCAUCGGAGAUUGGGGUCGGAAGUCGUUUAAAAACACUGUGGUGGAGAAUCCUUUAAAGCAGAAGUUCAACACUGGGAAAGGCGCUUGUUCCGCUUCUUGUGGAGAGAAGGAAGAGGAGAUCGAGUUCCUCUGCUCAACAUGAAACUGGAGAUGUUUCGCUUAGCCUAGCACAAAAACUAAACCGCAUGGAUCUGUCCGAAGGAAACAAAAUCCAACACAAAGCAGUCGAUGAACACAAUAUAUUUUCAAGCUAAAAAUUUGACUUUAGAUUAUCAAAGGUGAGACUGUGCUUCUUUCCUUGGUCUUGAACUAUAGACAAAUUUAAUAUUUUUUAUACUACACUGUCAGUUGGAUAAAACACAACUUUUGACGAUGUCUCUUGAAGGACGUUGUCAUUUUAACAGUUAAAAAAAAAAAGUGAAAAUGACUUGGUCCCAUAACUGAAAAGAGUUUUUAAUGACUGGAGAAAAGCGAGAGUCGGACCAAAUCUUAAGCUUAAAGAAUCUUUGCUCGCUCCAGCUUCGUGUUUGAUGCACAGAUUGGUGAAUCUCUCAUCCGACUCUCCACCAGCUGACGAAGCAGCGUGUUUCCAGUGUGGUUGAACUCUUUCUUUAAAGUGAAAUCGAUUCACUAAAGGCCUUUUACAUUUCACUUACAUGAAUGAACCUCCACCUUGUUCAAACUCAUAGUUCAUCGUUAUUCACCUUUUUAAAAUCUUCUUGAACCUGAAAGACCUUAAUCCCAAAAGGCGCAUGUCUGUGUGUGUUGCUUGUACAAUGUCUGUUCAAGCACACACACACACACACCUGAGCCAUCACCGCUCCACCCGUCUGACUUCGACUACAUUGACCUUUGAGUCCAAUCCUUCAAACCCAUUGGCUCGUCCCUGCUUGACCAAAGAUAACCCACAUAGAUCUGCCCCAGCGCGGUGUUGACUCUACUCUGCGAUAACGGCUGUGCCACAAAACGACCGCCUACCUUUUUUUCUUCUUGUUUGAAUUGUGCCACCACUUAUGUGAAGUAUUUACAACAGUGUUAUGUGUGCGUGGAAGCAUGAAUGUGCCUUUUUUACAUCAAGGCAAAAACCAUAUAUAAAUCCCAGUAUGAUGUAUAUUGCUUUUCACCACCCAGUGCAAAAGGAAAUAACUAAUCACUAUCACAAUGCUCUUUGUGAGCAGAGAGUCAAUCUCAGUAUAGAGCAAUACAGAGCUGUGUAACAUAAAUUGUGGAUGUUUUGUACGGGGCCACAUAUUAUUUAUGUACUUUCUUUCCUGAGAUUUUUGAUGGUUUAACUCGUGUAUGAGUAUUUUCCCUUUUCUUUAGUGUGAUUGUAGUUGUUUUAUUUUGUUACGUUCUGCUUGAGUUCCGAGCACAUUUCAUUUCAUCAUUUCAAUUUUUUCACACUGAAAAAAUAACAAAACAGUAAGUGUAAAUGUUGGACCAGUCAGAGCCCUGUAAAAAAAAAUUCUGAGUGUCCAUGAAUGGUUUCAUUUGGGUGUUUGUGUUUUGAGUAUGAGAACCAAUGAGUUAACACUUGUAUGUGGAGCCAAAUGCACCAUUUCUGUCAAACUGGGGUGAUUUACUGGAAGGCUGAUUAUCUUGAUGACUGAGUAAAGUAAAGCAUUGAUGCUGUGUAAUCUGUCUAGAUGAAUGACGCCCACCUUCAGGGAUGAGCACUAGUGCCAUACCAUCCUUUUCUUUCUUUCCUUUAUUUGCUCCUCUGUGUAACAAACCCCCGUCUCGAUGUUCUGAAGUCACUAACAGACAUUUCCUCUUAAGAUAUACUAAUUUUGUUUUGCUGCUGAAAAUGACAAUCCCCUUGUCAUGUUGGGUGCAAAAUGAUUUCAAAGUAAUAUCCAUUUUUAGUUUUGAUAAUUUACACUGCACAGAUGUUUCUACAGUCCUUUUGUAAACAUUUCUAGUGUAUUUGCAAAAAAUAAAAGUUGCACCGAAGUGCAAAAGUUCA